GUCUUGUUGUCAGUAUGCCAAAGGUAGCCAAAGGGAACGGGAACAGAAAACAGAAUAUGGCUGCAGUUACGGACGAUUUUGUUAAGAAGUGCGAGGUGAAGCAGAACGAAGCGCUGGGCAGGUUUGUGGUGGCCCAGUGCAAUCUUCGAGCUGGCGAGACCGUGCUGCUGGAGCAGCCUAUCGUGGUUUUGUCCCACAUGGGCGAUCGACGCUGUUCCAAGUGCUUUAAGUUAACCCAAAGUUUUUGCAGAAAGUGUCACCUUUUAGUUUUGUGCGAGGAUUGCCCGGAUCACGAUAACCGAAAUUGCCAGAGGCUGGCCGAGAUCAAGCUGUCGGAGGAGCAGAUAAAGCUGCUCCAGGAGCACCCUGAUAUCCAGCCAGCUCUAAAAUGUCUACUCCUAAAAGAGCAUCCAGAAACAUUGCCCUUGUACGAAGAAAUGACCCAAAUGGAAACCCAUCUGGCGGCUAGGAAAGGCACGGAUAUAUGGAAAAACUACCACGAGCACGCCUUUGCUCCUCUGGAGGCGAGUGGAGUGCUGAGGCAAUUGCAAACGGAAGCGGAUGAGGAUCUGGUCCAGGGUCUACUGAGCAUCUUGGAUGUGAAUGCCUACGAGAUAAGGGCUCCCGAGGCGGGCGGCUCCAUGAGGGGAUUGUAUCACAGGGCGGGACUCUUUGCCCACAGCUGCAUGCCCAAUCUGGUGACCGCCAUUGAUGAGGAGCGACGCAUGAAGGUGUUCGCCAAUAGGUUUAUAGCUGCCGGGGAAAUCCUCUACAUUUGCUACACCAAUGUGCUCCUGGGCACCGAGGAGCGUCGUGAAAUCCUCAAAGUGGGCAAGUACUUUCACUGCUCGUGUCCACGUUGCCAGGAUCCCACCGAGCUGGGCACCCACAUGAGCAGCUUCAUCUGCAGCCACUGCUCCUGUCCGGAUGGCUUCAUAAUCCGCCAGCCGGAAACGGGCACGUGGCAGUGCAUCCUCAAUCCGGAUCACACACUGAAACAGGAGUUCGUAUCGAAUAUGCUGGAGCGAGCCAAGGAGGAGAUAUUCCAUGCCAGAGAUGAUAUUUACAGGCUUGAGCUCCUUCUGGCCAAAUUAAGCCGGCUGCUCCAUCGCAAUCACUACCUUAUGCUGGACCUUAAACAGAACAUUGCCUCCAUUCUGCGCCAAAUCCUGCAGAACAUAGCACAUCGACCGAAUAGGAAGGUAUACGAGAGAAAGAUUCGUUUGUGCCAGGAAAUAUUGUUGGUCCUGAAGGUGGUGGCCCCGGGGAUCUCCAGAGUGAAGGCCAUCGCUUUGUACGAACUGGCCAACACACAGGCGGAGCUGGCCAGAAAGCAGUACAGUGAGCAGGAGCUGAGUGCCAGCGAUUUACUGGCGAUGUUGGAGCAAGUGGAGGUCAUGAUACGGGAAUCCCUGCGAAUGCUACUCUUCGAACCCCUGGCCACUCCAGAGGGUCAGCUCUCGCGCUCCCUGCUCCGGGAGCUAAAGGAGCUGCAGGACGACAUCAAAAAUAUCCAAGAAUCUAAUGACGAUUAG